AAUAUUAACGUCAACUUUACCAAGGUUCACGCAAAGAACUCUGUGUUUACAUUGGGCCUUUUUUACACAUCUCAGCAAAUUUUCGUUUGUUGAUUUGCUGACUAACAGAAGAAGAAGAAAAUCAUUAUUAUUGUUAAACAAUAAAUUCGAUUUGUAUCAAAAAGAGAAAAGAUCAUUUUCUCUGCAAUAUUCGCAUAUUGCUUUGCAGUUGAGCAAUAAUUGUUAUUGUGCAAUGAAAUAAAUGUUUUUGCGUUUUCUUAAACGGCGUAGUAAAGCAAUUUUUUAAUUGAAAAAUGCAAACUGAAAAUUGGAUGACAAAUCUCCAAAGUAAUCUUCGAGACAUUCCGAUAAUAAAUUUAGCAAUACCAGGCUCACAUAACACAAUGACUUACGAAAUUGAUAGUCAUUCUGACAUUGGACCGGACGCAGAGAAAUUAAUUAUUCGUUUCGGUAAAAGAAUUCGCUUCUUCAUUGCUUAUUGGGCACGUACGCAAAAGACAGAUAUUACUGCGCAAUUAAAGAUGGGCAUUCGUUAUUUUGACUUAAGGAUUGCCUUUUAUAAUAAUAAAUAUUAUUACACACAUGGAUUAUUAGCGAUGGAAUGGAAAAACCCACUGGACGAAUUAAUAAAAUAUUUGGAAUGUCAUCCCCUUGAAGUUGUUAUUUUAGAUUUUCAACAUUUUUACGAUUUAAAUGUUUCACAGCAUAAAGAGUUUCAAAGCAAUCUCAUCGACUUAUUUGGAGAACGACUCUAUAUGCCCAAAGAUGGCCCAUUACAUGCGUUUACGCUUGAGAGGUCUAAGGAAAUGAACAAGCAAAUAAUUUUAAUAUAUAGAAAGUGUCCAAAAGAGAUUUCCAAUUCGUUUUGGUCAGAAAAUAGUUGGGCAACGCCCUGGCCAGAUGUCACCUCGACAAAAAAACUUGAAAAAUAUUUGGAAUUUAAUUUGUACUCGCGAAGAUCUGGACAAGGCUUCGUUUCACAAUGCAUAAUUACGCCUUCAGGACGAUACAUUGCAUUUAGGUUCUUUUCAUCGCUGCGUUCAACUGCAAAGAAAGUAAAAAAAAAAUUACGUCCGUGGAUUGAAGCUCAAACGCCAGGGAUAUUUAAUGAAAAUAGCCGUCCAACGAUCAAUGUUAUUUUGUUCGAUUAUGUCGACUUGAGAAAAGGGGAAGUUGCCAAAUGGGUCAUAGAACUCAAUCAAAAAUUAGAAAGUUAAAGGAAUUUUUGAGAACUCUCCAGACGGUAUUAUAUACUAAACACCGCUAAUUUGUGUCUUAUCUUUUUGCCAACGAAUGAAUUUUUCCUCGAAACUCUGCAAGCAGUAAGAAUUACGAAAGCAAUAAAAUUUUCCAUUUACUCCAGAAACGCCUUAUUUACAUAGUUCAAAUUUUUAGUUCUUAAAGCGGGACUGCCUAAAAAGGAGCGCUUUUUCACAAUAUUUUUAAGGGGGGCAAAAAAAGUAGUAUUGAAGCACUUUACUAACCUUACUUUUAAGUUCUCAAAAAAUUUUUUUUUAAAUAAUAUCACACAUUGAAUGCA